AUGAGCUCAACAGAAACAUUGCUAAACGAGGCUUUGGCUUAUUCUCAGCAAGGACUACUAUUUCUGGAUGAAGGUGAUAAGGUAAGUGUAACAUUGCUACCUCAAAGGCUUUAGGAAGGAGCUCUCAACAUGUUGUCUUUGGCCGAGAAGAUCUUGGAACUAGUGGACGAGAAGGGAAAGAAACUCAAAAAGUAUUCUUCGACCGAAAAUGUGGUCAAUUCGUUGAAGGACAAGCUAGGUUCUGAAGCUUGUUUGAAGAAUUCUGUAUCGUGCGACUUCAGGGAGACCCUUGAUGCUGAGCUGUUGUUCUGGUUACCAGAUGGAGUCCAACUUGUCACUGUACAAGUAAGUAUAAUUUCAGAAGACAGUCAUUGUGUUUACUAAUUUCGAAUAAACAAUUAAAUUUAAGGGUGCCGAAACAGCAGCCGCACCCUCUCCGCCAACCUCGCUAGCCAUUUUCAAAGUUGAGGCACCUGAAAAACAGUCUAAAUUGUAUCCAGAUUUGCAUGAAUGUGCUCCUCAAGCCAUAAUUCAAGUUGGGCCUUGGGCAUACCCGUUAAUCGAAGGACAAAGCAUAAUCAUGAAGAACGAACUCGGAGUUUAUGUUGUUCCUAACCCCACAGACGAGCUUCCAGGUAUUCAUCUUUACCAAAUUUAUUUUUAUAAAGCACAUUUUAAAACAGUUUUAAUUAAAACCUACCUUCAGACUUGUGUGUGGGUAUUAUUUUGCCCAGAGACAUUGACCUGAACCUGGAAACCGAUUUUGUCAAAGUACUUCGACUGUAUGCUACAGUAAGAGAAAGUGAUGUCGUCAGUGAAAUGACAAAGGAAAAGAGAGAACGGACUAGCGAGAAAAUAGCCGACUUUCUUCACAAAAGUGGAGAGAAGUUUGCGGUCAGAGUGAAGAAGGCCUCUACUUCAGCUGGCACAAUCAUAACAGGACAAGGAGAGAGGAUAAGGGCUGGAAUGACACCAACUGAUCGACCGGUCAACAUGAACCCGGUCAUAAAACACGGGGUUCUGGUCGGCUACAAAGGAAGCAAAGCGUUUGCCAAAUUAACCAGAGCGAUAUGUACGUUCAUUUCAUCAUAAUACAGUAAUAGAAUUUUAAAAAUUGUUCUUGUUAAGCCAUAAUUUUAAAUUUCAGUGGACAAGGUCGGAGCAGUUGGAGUUAACGUUGGAAAGAGACUAGCCAGUGGAUUGGGCGGAGGAAAUAAAAAAGGAUCAAACCGAAUAGUCAGUGGAUCAGCCAAUAUCAUUGGAGGAGGAAUUACUGGAGCCAGUGUAGCCUGGAUAGCAUUAGAAGAUGCCUCAAAACAAUUAUUUAAGAAUUUCUCGGACGAAACUGUUCACAUUGUCAAGGUCAAGUAUGGCGACGACGCUUCAACGACUUCACAUCAGGCCUUACAUGCUGUUGGACACACGACUUUGUCAACCUUACAACUAUGGGACCUGGGCCCACGAUCUAUAGCCGGAAGAAUGGUACGACACGCCGGGAUUCAGGCGGUCAAAGAUCUCGGAUCUCAAUUACAAGCAGAAAACGGACAGAGUACCUCAAAGAAGAAACUGUAG